AUGUAUUUAUCUGUUCUUGAUAAAGCUGUUGGAUGCGUCCUGGGACAGCAUGACGAAACUGGGAGGAAGGAACAAGCUAUCUAUUAUCUGAGCAAGAAAUUUACAGCAUAUGAGGCCAACUAUUCUUUUCUUGAGAGAAGUUGUUGUGCUUUAGCAUGGGCAACUCAAAAGUUGAGACAUUAUUUGCUCGACUAUACCACUUACCUGAUUUCACGUUCUGAUUCUCUAAAAUACCUGUUAGAAAAGUCGAUGCCCACGGGACAUAUGGCUAAGUGGCAAAUAAUCCUUUCCGAGUUCGACAUUAUUUUCACAACACAAAAGACAGUCAAGGGUCAAGCCAUAGCAGAUCAUUUGGCAGAAAAUUCAAGAGAUAAUGAUUGCCAGCUAUUGCAUACCUACUUUCCUGAUGAAGAAAUUCUAUUCGUUGGAGCAGUUGAGGACAUGAGUGAGCAGUAUCUUGGAUGGAGGUUAUUUUUCGACAGUGCAUCAAAUUCUUUUGGAGCUGGAACUGGAACAGGAACAGUUUUAGUGUCGUUUGAAGGGAAACACUAUCCUGCUACUGUCAAAUUACGAUUUUCUUGCAUCAACAACAUAGCCGAGUAUGAAUCUUGUAUUUUUGAAUUGAAAAUGGCAUUGGACAUGAAGAUUAAGGACCUGAAAGCAUUCAGUGGUUCCGAUUUACUUGUGCACCAGAUGCUUAAGCAGUGGGUAACUCGGGAUUCAAAAAUUAUAUUGUAUUAUUGUAGUUUGCUCAGUUUGGCUAACAAAUUCAGGUAUUUGGAACUCAGACAUAUUCCCCGCACUCGUAACGCCUUUGUUGAUGCUUUAACUACUCUGUUUUCGAUAAUCCAACAUCCAGAUGAACUGGUGAUUGAACCUAUACAGAUUCAAUUUCAAGAUAGGCCAGCGCAUUGUCUAGGUACAGAAAGGGUCUCUGAUAUUCGCCCUUGGUACAAUUACAUUAAGGAAUUCGUAAAAACGAGAUCCUACCCUCCUGAUGCUGAUUCUAUUGCAAAAAGUUUUUUACGCAGAAUGUCCUCGAGAUUCUUCUUAAAUGGAGAAGUGUUAUAUAAGAAAAUUCUAAUUUGGGCCUUCUGA